GACCUGACAUGGGAGUCGCUCAGUGUGUGACUUGAGAUCGAGUAAAGGAGCAGCAGCGAGACAGUCCAGUUACCAUUGGAAUUACCAAGCUAUAGAUAGCCUUCUAAUACCUUGCCUUUUUGUGUGAUUCAGGCAAGUAUGGUAGGGGAGGUAAUUUAAACACUCACCGGGAUUUUAUUGAUGCCCCGUGUGAAAGACAGUGUAAUCUUUAUUGUGGGGAACCUUCAAAAGAAGAGGAAAGAUGUGCAGAACUUCAGGAUUCACUUUGAUUCUCUGUUUGCUCUUCAUUGUAUUUCAGAAGAGUACUGUUGUGUCAGGUCACGAGCCUCCUGGGAAGCCGGUAUUGCUUGGUUGCAGAUCACCAGAAAAGGAGACUUUCACCUGCUGGUGGGAACCGGGAUCUGCUGGAGGGUUGCCUACCAACUACUCUCUAUAUUACAAAAAAGAGGGCUCUGACACAGUCUAUGAGUGUCCUGACUACAAAACUGCUGGAAAAAACUCCUGUUACUUUGAUAAACAGCACACCUCCAUAUGGAUAAACUACAACAUUACAGUUGUAGCUACCAAUGCACUGGGAAGGAGCUUUUCUGAUCCACUGGACGUGGACGUUGCAUAUAAUGUCCAGCCACAUGCACCUGAGAAUGUGACAGUGGAGUUCCAUAGCAAAGAGAACCCCUGCCUUUUGGUAAAAUGGGAACCCCCUCACAAAGCUGACACCAAAUCGGGAUGGAUCACUCUUAUAUAUGAGGUUCGAGUCAAAAGAGAGAAAGAGGACAAUUGGGAGGAACACUUCGCUGGUCAGCAGAAACAGUACAAUAUUUUCAGUCUGCACCCAUGGGAGAAGUACAUGGUACAAGUUCGAUGUAGACCAGAUCAUGGAUACUGGAGUGAAUGGAGUUCCACUGCCUACGUUGAAAUCCCUGACUACAUUCGAAGAGACAGAUCCAUGUGGAUACUGACAUCAAUCCUGUCGGCAUUUGUUUUUCUAAUAGUAAUAUGGACAAUAACUAUUAAGCGGAACAGUGUGAAACGCUACCUGUUGCCACCAGUCCCUGGACCAAAGAUUAAAGGAUUUGAUACACAGUUGCUUAAGAGUGGGAAAUCAGAAGAGAUGCUCAGUGCUUUGGUCAGCCAGGGUUUCCCUCCCACCAAUGACUGUGAGGAUUUGCUUGUGGAAUUUUUGGAGGUGGACGACAGUGACAAGAGGGAGCUGGUGAUGAACGGGAAAGAUCAUCAGGAGGGUAAAAUGAAUCCAGCCAAGAGUACAUCAGAUAACGAUUCGGGCCGGGGGAGCUGUGACAGUCAUACUCUUCUCUUGGAAAAGUGCCCUGAGUUCAAGGUAACAGGCCAGGUAGUCAGGAGUUUUGAACAAGAAGGCAGCCAUGGCAUAGUCACAAAAGAGAGAAGUGGCAGCUUGACUUGGAACGGGAGCCCAGGCGGGAACCUGGGCAACACUGAAACCACUAAUGGGAAGACCAAGACUUGGCCAGCAGCCUUUUCAUUUCAUGACCAUGAAAAACCAUCCCACCAUAUUCUCCCUGAAAUCCAGAGGCCAGGAUACACUACCAGCAAUCUCCACUCUAUGAUAAGCCAAGAUGACCAGCUGGAGAACAACACUGAAAUCCGCCUGAGCAAAACCUCUACAGGCUACGGAAACCUACAGGACUACAGUGAAUUCAAUAUGAAGGUCACUGGGAGCCAAAUGACUGAAGCUCCUUCCUUCCCACUGUCCAAAAUGGUAGAAUAUGUUGAGGUUCAGAAAGUGAACCAGGAGAACAUCCUGAUUUUGAAGCCAAAAUCCAAGGAAGGACAUGAGGUCUUACCACCACAAUUCACAGGGCAAGAGUACACCAAGGUGAUUGGAGUUGCAAAUGGAAAUGUGCUUCUGCUGCAAAGGGCUACAGAAACCCAUAUCUCUGUUGAAGGUCGCGAAAGAACAGACACAGUGGAAAACCCCUGUCUUCAAUGGCAACCCGGGAAAUUAGCAAACACUAUCCCUGCUUCUCCCACUCAAGAGGGAAUGCAGCUCGCCCCAAAUGGCUAUGUGGAGACGGCCCCUAUACUGCCUGCCUUCAACUAACUCUUUCCGUCGCUCAAGGGAGAGAGCACCACUGCUUUUGUUGGCAUGCUUAUUUGUGAGGUAAAAACAAAAUGAAAAAUUGUAGCACUUUGGAAAAAGAAAAGCAUAUUUUCUUUGAACACCAUUUUAAAAGAAUGGAUGUUAUGGUUUUUUUGUGGAGACACAUCUCUGAAUUUGCUUCAUCUGAACACAUACAGAAAGUCUGAUUGCACCAUGUUUAUUUCUAGUGAUCCUUCAUAAACUGCAGCAUACACUAUGACAUUUAAUUGCCAGAAGAUUUCUGAAAAUAGUUUUCUUUGGAGGAUUUGUGUACAUUUUAUGCACUGUACAAUGAAACAGUAUGCAAUAUGUGACAAAUGUCUACUUUCUGAAAGAAGAAAGUUGAUUUAGUUGAUAUGUAAGUUACAAGUAAAAUGUUUGUGUGAACUUA